UUUAAAUUAGAUAGAACGAAGCUACCGACCUCGCGACAAGAAAUUCACUUUUAAUCUUGUUAUCGUCCACGAAAGAUUAUCCUUUGGACAUUUUACGUUAAAAUUACGUGUAAUGAAAUAUUCAAGAAAAUAGAAGAACGAGAAAGGGAAAGAGAGAAGAGAGCGCGCGCAAAAAAGAGAGAGAUAGAGAGAAAGAGAGAGAGAGAGAGAGAGAAAGAGAGAGAGAGAGAGAGAGAGCGAGAGAGAGCGAGAGAGAGAGAGAGAGAGAGAAAGAACAAGAAAAAGAAAAAGAUAGAAGGAAUCGGAAUUACGAUGGUCCAUUGAGCAAAGUCCCUAAACGAUGAUCGUACUCUGCCUAUUCCAGAGUGCACAUAUGUGUAUGCAUGACGUACGCGACAGUCGUAUACUUCAAAAAGAUGGAUUUUCUCUCGUAUCAGCUCGAUUAAAGGAUCUCGCCGAAGGUCUACCUUCGUAAAGAGAAGGAACGAGUUCGCGUAGACUCGAACUCAACGACGAUAGGAAACGUUAGACGAAUUGUAGAUUCGAUCGUUACUCAAAAAAGUGUGAAAGUGUGCGUCGCGAUCGGAUCUGCCAUGAUAGAUCCGAACGCGUCUUCGCGGCGCCCGAAAAUAGUCGAGAAUCAUUGGGAAAAUGCGUGAAUACUGCUAUAAGGAGCGUUCCUUCGUGUAAAAGUCAGGAUUGCAGAAUGGUGGUAGAUUGCUUGUCAAUCCAAGGCUCAGCAGCUGCAGCACGGAAGCAGGAGCGAAGGCUAGGUGGAUCUGUUAGUGCAAAAAUGCAAUCAAAUGCCCUUAAUAACGGGGGUGGAGGUGGAGGUGGAAUGACACCAAAAGAACUUUCAGAUAACGAUGACCUAGCUACUUCCCUCGUGCUAGAUCCAUAUUUAGGAUUUACCACUCACAAGAUGAAUAUAAGAUACAGGCCGCCCAAAGCAAACAAAGAAGACUUACGCAAAAUUAUUUGUGAAUUUAUCCAAACUCAAAAUUAUGAAAAGGCUUAUAAAAAACUUAUGGGUGGGGAUUGGGGGGCAAGGCUUCCACACACUAAAUCCAAACAGCAGCAGAUCAAUUUGGAGAAACAUAUUUAUCGGUAUUUGAGAGUUUUCGAUAAGGAUUCUGGAUUUGCCAUUGAACCAUGUUAUAGAUAUAGUUUAGAAGAGCAAAAAGGAGCAAAGAUAUGUGCCACUCGUAAGUGGUUGAAGCAUGAAAAAAUAUCUUGUCUUGUUGGUUGUAUCGCAGAACUUAGUGAAAAGGAGGAAGCUGCACUACUCCACCCAGGGAAAAAUGAUUUUUCAGUGAUGUACAGUUGCAGAAAAAAUUGUGCACAAUUGUGGUUAGGUCCUGCUGCAUAUAUAAACCACGAUUGCAGAGCCAAUUGCAAAUUUGUAGCUACUGGUCGAGAUACCGCGUGCGUCAAGGUACUACGAGAUAUCGAAAUAGGUGAGGAAAUAACUUGUUUCUACGCAGAAGAUUUCUUUGGAGAUGGAAAUUGUUAUUGCGAAUGUGAAACAUGCGAAAGAAGAGGAACCGGAGCAUUUGCCAGCCAAAAACCUGGAGAAGAACUUUCUUCUGGAUACCGCUUGAGAGAAACAGAUAACCGCAUCAAUAGAACAAAGCAUCGACAGCAACCAUUGGGUAGAAAUAAACAACAAGCUGAUGGUGCUUUAACUGAAAAAAAUGCAGUCCUUGUUGACAAUGCAGCUAUUGCACCGCAAUCUCUUAGUAUGAAAGAAUUGCGACGCAAGGGACUUACGAAGUAUGACGCGGAACUUUUGAUUGCGCAAGGUUGUAGAUUUUCAGAUAUUGCUCAACAGCAACCAUCGAUAAAUAACGGAGAAAAUGUCUUGCAAACUUCUCGACCUCAUCCCUAUACAAGUACUAAUUCUGUGACAAGAAAUCUUAGAAACAAGGUUCAACAUAACAAAUGUGAAAACAACGGCAAUGAAAGAAAUGUAAAAACUGGUCAAAGUCUUAGGGCUUCCAGGCUUCAAAAGAGAACAGAAUCCAAAAGAUCAAAGAAUAAUGACAAAACUGAGUCUACCUGUUUGGAUGUACCUAUAGAAAAAACUUCUGCAGAAUCAAGUGAUCAUAAAGAAGAACUGGAUAGAACAAUAGCAAAUAAAGAAACCGUGUAUUCGAGAGUGCCGAAACAUCAUGUCCAUAAUACAUCAUCUUCGUCUCCGAAUUUUGAGUCUGAUCUUCGAAAUUCAAUUCGCAAUGCAUCAAAGCAAUUAACUUCCUCUGCCUUUCAGAAAGAAUGUUCUGUUAGAUUAAUUGUUGGAAAUACGAGACAUACAAGUAACGAUAACGUAGAAGAGAAAGGAAUACCUAAGCUUGCGAUAGAAGUUGAUCCAAAUAUUAUAAGUAAUAUUGACACUUUCAGUUAUAAAAAAAGACAUUAUAGUACAAAUUCCUGUGAUUCAGUUCAAGUAAGUUCCACAUCCCUGCCUCACGUUGAUCAUAUAAGUGCCACAAAUAAUCAUGAACCAGCUUUACAAAAUACAAAUACAUCUAACACUUUUUGCUGCACUUUAGCGAAUACGCAAAAUGUUAAUGAAAAAGGCAACCAUUGUGAAACACCUGAAAAAAUAUCUAAUAAUUGUAUUAAUAAGUUAACAAAAUGUUCCAAAUCAGUGUUAGUAGAUGAGGUGAAAGAUGAUAGUAAUGUUGUAUAUAAUGAAUUUCCUCAGGAGCUCAAUUGUUAUAAUUCACCGAUAUAUAGAAAAAUUCCUCGGAAUAUUGAUUUUCGAGGAACCAGUAGAACACCUUCUAUUUCGUGUGAGAUCAGAUCUGAUGAUGAGUGUCACAAAAUGGAUACUGCAAGUAUAAUAAUAGUGGAUAAAUGUGAUAGAGUGAAAGAAAAGGUGGAAAAUCUUGUGAGUGAUCCAACGAAUACUUCUGUUACUGUUGGAUUUUGUGAACUUGAUACCGUUAAAGAUACUGCCAAUAUAAAGAGUGAUUGUGAAAGUGUUCAAAUGUCUUGUAAUGCAGUUUUGGAUCAUACAAAUGAGCUUGAUCCGAAAGGCAAUAUGUAUUUUAAAAAUAUUCAAAACAAAGUGGAUAUAAAACCUGAAGACUGUGAAAUACCUGAAGUCAGUACAACAGACAGUGAAUCUAAACUUCUAAUGGCAAAAGAAAUUAGCACAAACUUAAGUAGAAUUGAAGAAAAUGACUGCAAUGCGAGUAUUAAUGAUACAAAUUCUGAGGAUAGUUGUAGUUUUACAAUGAAAAGAUCCACGCAUCAGCAAAAGGAGAUAACAGACAUGCCGUUAAAAUCACGAAAGAGUCAGAAAAGUACAAAACGUUCUCCAAAAUCUCGAUUCAAUGAUAUUGUAAAUGUUACACAAUGUCGUACGGAAGAUAGUGCAAAUACAGUGGUAGCAAAGAAUUGUGCUAAAACGGAAAAAGAAAAAAGUAGACUGACAAGGAGUCAAAGGAGGGAUCAGCAAAGACCACAGACUUCUGAAAUUGGAGUAGCGGAUGAUGAUUCAGGCAUACAGGGUGAUAUAUAUGAAUUUAGUGAAAAAGAAAGUAACUUGGAGGAUAUUGGUAUACCAUCAAUAAUACGACGUGGUAAAUGUGAAAAUCGUCAUAUAUCUGGAGUUUCGUCGCAUUUACAAGAAGUUCAGUGUAAUAACGAAUAUAACAAAACUGAUCCUCCGAUAUUGAUGCCUGAAGAGCCAUGGCCUCCGUCUAAUAGUCUGGGUCAUUCAACAGAAACAGAUAUCAGUAGCCAAUCAAGGGAAAACUCUGUUGAUGUUGGUGAGAGUUUGAAAAGAUUGACUGUUUGCAACAAUGGUAGUAUAGAAAAAAGAUCAACGUUAUCCGAGUGUCAAUGGCAGACUGAUACUAGUAAUUGUCGAGUUUGUCCUACAACUCCUGAAAGAACUGGUGGUAGAUUAAAGCUCACAUUACGUAUGAAACGUUCUCCAGUUUUGGAUGAUAUUGUAGAAUCAGGUACUAGUCUAAGUGAAGACAGUUAUGAACCUGAAUACGAAGUAUUACGCGUUGAAGGAGUGGAAAGAAGUAAACGGCGGAAGAAACAUAAAACUCGGGAUCGAGAAAGACGGCACAAGAAACGCGAAUUAAAUCUUGAUCCGCCUCCGCCACCUAUGAAAAGAUUAAGAUUAAUUUUUGGAAAUGAAACACACACUAUUGAUCUGCCACAUUCUUAACAGCUAUAAAAUUCAUUGUGUAUACACCAUCAUUGAUUAUAACAGACUAUUAUUAUGAUUAUAAUUAUGCACGAGAGUUUAAGCCUCCUUGUCCUUUAAGACUUCAUGACUAUUGUUUAUGAUUUAUUAUUAACAAAGGAGAAAAUGAUCUAUUAGUAUUGUCACAUUUUCCAUAUUUUCAAUUUUCCUUAACUUCCUAAUUUAUUCCUUGUUCUUUUAUAAAUUAAAAUGUACUUAUUCCUAUAACAACGAAUAGCUAAAGGCCUAGUAAUGUUCUUCAAAUAUGGUUAUAAAUUGAACAAGAUAUGAUGUUGGUUUUAUAUAAACAAAAGAAAUAUCACCUAUAAAUUCCAUAUGUGAAACAAAAAUUGGCCAAUUAUAUCAGAUCGUAAGAUUAGUCCAUAACACAUAGAUAUUUGUGCAAAAUAAUUUCAUAUAACUACAUAAAGAUAUUACACAAAUAAAAUGACUUGCUAAUAAAAAUGAUCAUAAUUUAGAUGAAGCAAUUUUCUUUUUCUUUUUUUUUUCUUUUUUUUUUUUUUUUUUUUUUUUUUUUUUUUUUUUCUUUUUUUUUAUUUCUACCGUGCCGAUUAGUAAACGAAAUAUUGAUAGAUAUAUAUGUCUGAAAUACUUUAUUCUCCUCCAACUUUGAUGUUUUAUGAUAAAACAUUAAGAAAUACAUAUUUUAGUUGCAAUUUGAAACAUAAAUUAAUAAACUGAAUGGAAACAUUUUUCUCAUGCAAAAUUUAUAUAAUAUUAUAUUCUUUUUUAAUGGUGAAGAACUGGUUAAGUAGGACAAGGUAUACUACACACUGUGUCUUUGUGUGUUACUGCAGGCAACACGGACAAAGAGGAGGAUCCAUACACUUAUACUAUGUAUAAUAAUUAAUACUAAAUAAUUGAAUUGGCUAAAUAAUAGCUAGUAUAUAAUAAUUAUUAUUCCCAAAUGCGUGAUCGAAUGUCAUGAUAAUAUUGUAAAUAAUACUUAUAUUAUAUAUAAAUAUGUGUGUAUGUUGGUGCCUAUUGAAAACUAUAUACACACAUAUUUGUGUGUAAAAAGAAUUCAUACUUGUAUUCUGUAUCUGGAUGUACUACAAUGCCUUGAUACGAAAUCAAUGUCAAAGAAAAGCAUUGCACAUACCAGGGUAUACUGAAUGCUAUCAUUAAAAUUAUUAUGAAGAAGUAUUACAAGAAAAUUUAGUUAGUGACGCAGGCUAUGAAAUGCUUACUUGAAUAUCCAGAUUCUUUUGAUGAUUAUAAGCAAUCGUUAUAAUAUAUCUUUCGAAUAUUACAUUUUUUGUUAUAAUUAUCAGUAUAACGUGACGUGAUCACUUCAAUUUAUACGUUAUAAUCGAAGUCGCUAACAUAGCACUAAUAGUAAAAGGCUGUUAUGUUUAUUGACAAAUUACAGCCUAUUUAAAAUAUUUUAAAAUUCAUCAAAUAGCAAAGAAAUUAUGCACAUACUUUUGGUGUGAGCAUAUGCUAUUGUACAUAAAAUUGUAAUCUUUUAUUGAGAUAUUUACCAGAUAAAGGUUCUUAUUUCAAUUAUAUUUUAUGUGGUAUAAUGUAUAAGUUUACUAUUUAAAUGGGCCGUUACUUGUAAUAUAAGUACUAUUUGGAUCUGUAUUAUACAUGUUAUUUAAUAAUUAGGUGUAUAUUUGCUUAUUAUUUAGAAACUAUGCUUAUGACAAAUUAUAAGGGGAAUUACAAGUGACAGAUUCUAUAUCACUACGAUUGCAAUAAAAAUAUCUUCAUAAUAAUAAUAAAUAACAAAGUAAGCAGCGAUGACACCAACAGAAGAAAUAUCGAAAAUUCCAACAAAAAUAUUUAUGAGUUAUAUUUGCAUAAAACUUGUUUCAGUUUGCAUGUAAUAUGAUUUAGACAUCGCUUUUUCUACUAUAAAUACUUAUGAAUUAACAUAGUGACAUAUAUAUAAAUAAAUACAAAAUAAUAUGACAGAACUUAAACUCUAAUAGUUAAUAUGUAAAAAAUUAUAUCUAUUUUUGUGCCUCUUUUCUGCAUGGCUAUGGUACAAAACACGAUGAAAACAAGCAAUCAUUAAUAUAUUUUUAUGUGUUUCGUAUCAAUGAUUUUUGUGACAAAAUCAAUGUAAAUAUUAUCAAAUAAUACUAAAUAUUUUUCUUAGUUUUCUCUUUCUUUGGAGAAUACUUAAGUCGACAAAAUAUGAGUAUUGCCACCUCAAUAUGUUAUUCCAAUGUCUCAUGAAAACAGGUAAUGGGUACAAUAGGAAGACUUAAAUUAAUUUUGUAAUAAAUUAUUUACUGACAAGUUUAUCAUUUUAAUUAUAUUCAAGAAUCAAUGAUUUACAUGUAACUUUUAUAUUCUAUAGAUAGGCAAGUUAUUAAAUUACAUAAAAUAGUGAAUGAAAUUAACAAAGAAGCAUGUAAAAUUGAAAAGGUAAACAAAAUGGAUUUUAUCAGAUCAACAUUUUUACUUGUUAAGAUCCUUUUCUUUUUCUUUAAAAUUGAAAAGUACAUAAACAAUGUUUAUUUUAUAUUUAUUUCAAUACUCUGUGAAUUUUAUAGAAUUUUAUUAAAAUUUUUUUUAUAUAAUAACGUUAAUCGUUAUAUGGAUUGAUUAUCUCAAAUAUAAUCUAAACGUAGCGGCCCAUUUUGUCUAAACUUCGAUGAUGAAAGAAAAAGACUCAUGUGACAAUAGAAGAUUAUAAAAUUGUGGUUCUUCAUGUAGUUUAAAUAACGUAUUUUCGAUGGAUUUGCACGAUGAAGGAAAUACUACGUCCAUAUUUUGAAUGCGUUAAAAAAUGUAUUACCGAACAAGAAAAUUAUGAGUCGAAAUGACACGUACGAGUAAAUUUUCAAAAUUAAAAUUAUCUUAUAACUCUAUUAAAUCCAUAAAUAUUUAACUUUCAUUGUCGGCAGAAUUUACAUCACUGCCAUUAAAAAAAUCCUUUUUUUUUUUUUUUUAGCACAUACGAGACUGCGGGGUGCAAUGUCAUUAUAAUUAUUAUAAUAAUUAUAGACGAGUUUUACGACAUUAGGGGAAAAAAAUAUUCUUGAAUAUUCAUCGGAGUAAUUCAACAUAUUUUCAUCUUCAUCUGUACAUUAUAAUUGUAUUGUUGUCUUUGUUGAGCAAUUCGACAAAUGAUUUAUGAAAAAAAAAUAUAUAUAUAUAAAAUGUA